GGACUCCAGCCAGCCUAUCCUCUCUAAACAGUGAAAGCAAUGGUCCUGGCACAGAGUCCUGCUUUGCUUUCGGAGGGAGACUUUUACACUGCACAAAAGCUAGGGAAACACUCUUCGCUGAAAUGAACCAGAGCCCUCGGGCACUCGCCGUGGAUUAAACGGAAACUUUUACGAUGGCUUUGAACGUGAAAAAGUAGCACGAGAGACAGAGCCCGCUAACCGCCGCCGCCGACGGACCUUCUACUGCAAAGCAACUCCUAGUAGAUGCACGGCCACUGCUGAAAAAAAUAUGCUCCAGCCGAGCCGCCUCAACCCCGGCUUCAGUGGCAAAUUACCAGUGUUAUAACCAGUUUCGUGAGACAUUCGCCGGCAUCUAUUUGUUUUUGUUUUCCCGCUCCUUACCUAUAAAGUCCGCAGUACAAGUCCUCGACCCACCUGCGAAAAGAGAAUUAUGGCAGGGAAGCUGACAGCAGCGCAAGGCACAGGAAUACUGCUGGUGACAGCCAACGUUGGAUCUCUGUUCGAGGAUCCUGACAAUCUACAGAAAACAUGGCUGAGGGAGUUUUACCAGACCGUACAGACACACAAGCCUCACUUCUUGGCAGUGCACUGCCAGGAGGUGGGUGGGAAGAAUUAUGAGGCAUCCAUGUCACACGUGGAUAGUUUUGUCAAAGAGCUGCUGUCCAGUGAUGCCAUGAAGGAGUACAACAGAGCCCGCGUCUACCUCGAUGAGAACUACAAAUCCCAGGAGCAUUUCACAGCUCUCGGAAGUUUCUACUUUAUCCACGACUCUUUGAAAAACGUCCACCAGUUUGAUUUCAAAGCCAAGAAAUUCAAGAAGGUUGUAGGGAAGGAAACCUACUCAGAGACACUAGAAGGCACGCCCUCGCUGGAGAAGGAGAAGUUUCCACAGGACUACUUUCCUGAGUGCAAGUGGUCCAGAAAGGGAUUCAUCAGAACUCGAUGGGCCCUGGCUGACUGUGCAUUUGAUCUGGUCAACAUCCACCUUUUCCAUGAUGCCUCCAACUUGGUAGCCUGGGAGAAAAGCCCCUCCGUCUACUCUGGGACCAGGCAGAAGGCAUUGGGCUACGUCUUAGACAGGAUCACGGACCAGCGGCAUGAGAAGUUGCCGUAUUUUGUCUUUGGGGACUUUAACUUCAGGUUGGACUCGAAGCAGGUCAUUGAGAGUCUCUGCUCCACUGCCACCCUGCAGACAGUCAGAGCCGCCGACACCAAUGAAGUCGACAAGCUAAUAUUCCGAGAAAGUGACAACGACCGAAAGGUUGUUCUUCAACUUGAAAAGAAGCUUUUUAAUUAUGUCAACCAGGACGUUUUCCGGGAAAACAAUGGGACCUCACUUUUAGAGUAUGACAAAGAGCUGUCGGUGUUCAAGGAUCGGCUGCAUGAACUGGAGAUCUCCUUCCCACCCAGUUAUCCGUACAGUGAAGACAGCAGUCAGGGGAAGCAGUACAUGAACACCAGAUGCCCUGCCUGGUGUGACCGAAUCCUCUUGUCUCCCUCUGCCAGAGACCUGGCCUUAAAGCCUGAAAAUGAAGAGAAGUCUAUAGUGUAUGAUAACAUCGGGCCCAAUGUCUGCAUGGGGGACCACAAGCCCGUCUUCCUGUCCUUCCGAAUAACAGCGGGGGCAGGUAAACCUAAUGCAAAUAAGCACAAGUGUUGUGUGGUGCAGUGAUGUCGUGGGAAGUGUUGCCAAAGGGGGGAGAAGAUAUUCCGCGAAGCGCCUCUGUGAGAACACUGGAAAAACAAACCGGACACCAACACACACACACACACACACACACACACAUUUGCAUGCAAACAAACACAAACACACACACACUUUGCACAAGCGUACACUGAAGAACCUAGACCAAGUUUUUCGGCAGUGCUGACCGGUUGCGGUUGUCCUGACACCAACACCCAUAUGAACGCCCAGCCGUUUUCUCUCCAUAAAACACUUGUGGAGAUGUGGACGGGCACCCGAGGGCCCGGGCUCCAGACAAGACACACAUCGCUGACCUCACUGUUGCCAUGCAACCCCAUUCCCCAGAGAAGAAAGAAAAAGAAAGAAAGAAAGAAAAAAAAAAAAGAAGAAGAAGAAAAGGAACGGGCGGACAACUCUUUCUUUUUCCAUGCCACAGCCUCGUUGCCAAAACUCUAAUUGAAAUCAGUCCUACUACAUACUUUUAGACACCGUACUUGCCAUUUUUAGGUAUGCCUCUAUGUAUAGAAGCUACUUUCCACACAGUAUCUAAGGUGUUUUAAGAAAAGAAAAGUGCAAUGCAAAAAAAGAAAGAAAAAAAAAG